GUGGUUCAAUUUGACGUUUGGGGUCCCCGAUGUUGAUCCACACGUACUCGGCGAUGGAGCGCGCGGACGGCCUGAGCUCUUCCCCUGGGAGUCGCCUUUCCUCUCUCUCCUCUCUGUCCGCCCAGGGCGCUUACUCCUCAGCUCCUCCGCUGUGCCACACCCCGGCCUCGGACUUCCAGCCUCCGUACUUCCCCCCGCCGUACCCACAGUCCUCACUGCCGUACGCCACGGCUCAGAGCCAGGACUACGAGCCGUACGCAUCCCUCAAUUCACUGCACCAGCACCACACUGCGCAUGCGCAGCACCAUCACCAGUCGGCCUGGCACACCCAGCGCACGCGGUCAGAGGAGGCGGGACUUCUGUCGCAGUCUCACCGCGCGCUCAGCCUCGAGCCGCGGCGUGAGUUUCCGUCAGUGCCUCGCCUCCUGCACGGGCUCGCGGAGGGGGCCGCCGCGCUCGGGGACGGGCCUCUGGGCAUGCACCUGGGACACCACGCGCAUGACGACCUCCAGGGGCUGGAGGAGGGAUCGGCUCUGGGCGUCCUCGAUCACUCCGUCAUUAAAAAAGUCCCGAUCCCGUCUAAGUUGAAUGGUUCAUCAUUCUCGUCGCUCUCCUCUUUGGGGAAGGAGAGUUUUGGGAUGGGUGCCGUGUCUAAUCCUGCGGAGGUCUUCUGCUCGGUCCCUGGACGCCUCUCUCUCCUCAGCUCCACCUCCAAAUACAAAGUGACGGUGGGGGAAGUGCAGAGGAGGCUGUCUCCUCCUGAGUGUCUGAACGCAUCUCUGCUCGGUGGAGUGCUGCGCAGGGCAAAGUCCAAGAACGGAGGCCGGUGUCUGAGGGAGCGACUGGACAAGAUCGGCCUGAAUCUCCCUGCAGGACGACGCAAAGCUGCCAACGUCACUCUGCUCACCUCCCUGGUGGAAGGUGAGGCGGUGCACUUGGCCAGAGACUUUGGUUUCGUUUGUGAGACAGAGUUCCCGGCUCGAGCUGCGGCCGAGUACCUGUGUGGUCAGAGUGACCCCGAGACUCUGCACACGAGGAGAAGCAUGAUCCUGGCCACAAAGGAGGUCUGUAAGGAGUUUCUGGACCUCAUGACUCAGGACCGCUCUCCUCUAGGGGGCAGCAGACCGGCCCCAUGCCUUGACCCAGGAGUUCAGAGCAGUUUGACCCACUUCAGCCUCCUGACCCACGGCUUUGGGUCUCCGGCCAUCUGCGCUGCCCUCUCCGCCUUCCAGAGCUACCUGAGCGAAGCCAUCAAGAUACUGGACAAAGGAGAGACAGGAGGGAAACUACGGCACGAGAAAGAGCUCAAACAUCGCAAAUAA